AUGGCAGACAACGCCGAGGCGGGCGGCGACGCCCAAGUCACCUUCAAGGUGAAGACGUCGUCGGACAGCACGCACACCAUCACCAUGGCCGAGUCGGCCACCGUCCUCGAGCUCAAGACCAAGCUCGCCGGCGAGGACAUGGAGAACAUCCCCGUCGAGCGCCAGCGGUUAAUCUACUCGGGCCGCGUCAUGAAGAACGACGACUCCCUCGGCACCUACAAGAUCAAGCCCAACAACACCAUCCACAUGGUCAAGAGCGCCGCCAGCAACCCCACCCAGCCUGCCUCGUCCUCUGCGCCCGCGCCACCGGCCGUGCCCACCAACAUGGCGUCGGGCACCGCGAACAACCCUCUCGCCGGCCUCACCGGCGCUAGGUAUGCAGGCCACCAGGUCAACCUCCCGGGCAUGGACAUGUUUGGCCCGGACGGCGGCAUGGGCCCGCCCAUGGACGAGGAUGGCAUCCGGCGCAUGAUGUCGGACCCCAACGUCCAGCAGGCCGUAAACGAGGCCUUCAACAACCCCGACUUCGUCAACAUGCUCAUCCAGUCGAACCCCAUGCUUAGGAAUAUGCCCGGCGCCCGAGAGAUGAUGCCCUUCCUGCGACAGGUCAUGACCAACCCGGCCAUGAUGGACCAGGUCAUGCAGAUGCAGCGCUUCAUGCAAGGAGGCGACUCGUCGUUUCCGGCCCCCGGGUCCACCGAUCCGGCCUCUCAGGGCCAGGCCAGCGCGACCGGCGGAGAGGGAAACAAUGCGAGCAGCCAACAGAAUCCCUUCAUGAACCCCUUCCUGAUGGGCAUGCCCGGUGGUGGCGCUGGCGGCGAAGGUCGCCCCAACAUCAGCCAGAUGCUCCAAGCACUGAACAGCAUGGGUCCGAACCCCUUUGGAGCUCCUCCCGCGGCCGGCGCCGAGGGGGCGCAAGGCCAGGAGUCGCGAGAGGGAGGCGCCGCUGCCACCGCUGGUGCCCAGCAAACAGGCACACAAGGCGGAGCCGCCACGGAUUCGACACAAGGCAGCAACCAGGGGCAGCAGCAAGCCAACCCGUUCGCGGCUCUGUUCCCACCGCAGGGCGGUGCGGGGGCCGGCAACCCCUUUGGCAUGAACCCCGAGAUGAUGCAACAGAUGAUGCAGAUGUUGGGUGGAGGAGCGGCGGCGCCCAGCGCGCCACCCGACAACCGGCCGCCGGAGGAGCGGUACGCGGAGCAGCUGCGGCAGCUCAACGACAUGGGCUUCUUCGACUUCGACCGCAACGUGGCCGCGCUGAGAAGAAGCGGAGGCAGCGUUCAGGGUGCCAUUGAGCACCUGCUCAACGCGCUGGAUUAG